UUUGGGGGCGUUGGGUUUUACUUUUUUGGGAUUUGGUUUUGUGAGGUGGGUAUUUCUAUUAUGGGCCUAUUGGGCUCCGCCUAAUUUUAUUAUAAGAAUUAGACAGUCUCUUACAAGACGAGCGGUACACAUAAAAGGUACUCUUUUACAUUCAUUUUAAAUUUCAUAAAAAGUGUGGCAAAGAAAUUGUAGUUUUUUUUUUUUUGAAACAUCAGAAAGAUUAUUUGAAACUUCUAAUUUUCCUCUUAUUCGCUUAUCUACAAAAAAAAAACAUAAAAAAAUAGCAGGAACUGUUCUUCAAACCCUCUUCUGGUUCUCUACACUCUCCUGCUUCCUGCUUCCUGCUUCCUGCUUCCUCUCAGCUGUUAGCUUCGGUCGCCAGCGGUAACUUAAUCCGCCAUUUUUAUCCUUUCCGAAGGAGAGAGAGAGGGUGGAGUAGAAGGAGUCAAUGGCCGAUACAUCGACGCGAAUUUAUCCAGGUCUAACGCCGGAAGAUGAGAGGCUGAAGAUCAGAGACAUAUCUUUAGCUGCAGAAUCGCAAAGCAAAGAGGGCGAUACUUUCUUUCUCAUUACUCAAAGAUGGUGGCAAAAUUGGCUUGAUUAUGUUAAUCAAGAUCAAAUUGGGAAUGAUGGACCUUCUCUGCAGAGUUUAGACUCUGCAGAUGUGUGUGUAUUGAGGAGGCCAUCAAGUAUUGAUAAUAAAAGUCUGAUAUAUGAACUUGAAUCAAGUGAUAGCAGUACAACUGAGCUUCAUGACACUUUAGUGGAAGGACGUGAUUAUGUCUUGUUGCCAGAAGAAGUUUGGAAUCAGCUUCAGUCUUGGUAUGGAGGGGGACCAAAGUUGGCGAGAAAAGUAAUUAAUUCUGGUCUCAGUCAAAUGGAAUUAGCUGUAGAAGUGUAUCCAUUGCACCUUGAGCUAAUUCUUACACCAAAAGGUGAUCGUUCUACCAUAAGAAUAAGCAAAAAGGAAACCAUCAGGGAGCUUCACAGACGAGUUUGUGAGAUUUUUGAACUUGACACUGAGCAAAUACGCAUUUAUGAUUUUUAUGGGCGGAAGAAACAUGCAUUGCCGACUGACAUGGACAAAACACUUGAUGAUGCUAACAUUCAGAUGGAUCAGGAAAUUCUUGUGGAGGUACUCAAUAAUGUGACGGUUUCUGUAAACAGCAAUGACUUUGUGGGGAAACAAUCAAAUUCUUUUCUUUUGGAGCCUUCAAAGUCAGGCUUAUCAAUUGCCGGAGGUUUGUCUGCGACAAAAGGUGUAUCUAGAAACAACAAUUCAGAGCUCCCACAAGGUCAGAAUCAGGUAUCCCCGCAGAGGGAAUCAAACAAUGUGCUAGAGACGAGUGGUGUUACCACAAGAAGUGCUACUGCAGGUCUCACUGGGCUGCUAAAUCUUGGAAAUACUUGCUUCAUGAAUAGCGCUAUACAAUGCCUUGUGCAUACACCAGAGUUCACUAGAUAUUUUCGGGAUGAUUAUCGCGGUGAAAUAAACUGGCAGAAUCCUAUGGGCAUGGUUGGAGAGCUGGCUAUUGCAUUUGGUGAAUUACUUAGAAAACUUUGGGCUCCCGGACGAACACCAAUUUCUCCUAGGCCUUUUAAAGCUAAGCUUGCUCGCUUUGCUCCUCAGUUCAGUGGAUAUAACCAGCAUGAUUCACAGGAACUCUUGGCAUUUCUGUUGGAUGGAUUACACGAAGACUUAAAUCGUGUCAAAGAUAAACCUUACAUACUUUCUAGGGAUGCAGACGGAAGACCUGAUGAAGAAGUUGCCGAUGAAUAUUGGGCAAAUCAUAAAGCUCGGAAUGAUUCUAUCAUUGUUGAUGUUUGCCAGGGACAAUACAAGUCAACUCUGGUUUGCCCUGUGUGCUCAAAAAUUUCAGUCACAUUUGAUCCAUUCAUGUACCUUUCUUUGCCCCUCCAGUCGACCGCUACACGCCCUCUCACUGUAACCAUCUUCAGCAGUGAUGGAAGUUUGCUGCCUAAUGUUUGCACUGUGACUAUUCCAAAGCAAGGACGGUGCAGGGAUUUGAUUCAAGCACUAAGUGCUGCUUGUUCCUUACAGCCUAAUGAGAAGCUUCUACUUGCAGAGAUACAGAAUCAUUUGAUUCACCGGUUCUUUGAAGAUCCUUUGACAUCAUUGUGCAGCAUAAAAGAUGAGGAUCACCUUGCUGCAUACAGGAUUCCCCAGCCAGCGAAGGGAAUAAUAUUUCUCCAGCUAAUACACCGUCUUGAAGACAAAGAGACAGCUAAUGCUCAGAGCAUGAAGGGAUGGAAACCCUAUGGAACCCCACUAGUUUCACCCAUCUCAUGUGAUAAUGUAACUACAAGAGGCGAUGUCCAGUCAAUGGUUCGGACCAUGCUAUCUCCAUUGUUGAAGCUUAGAGAACUAGCUGAUUUGGAAGCAAAUGGCAUUUCACCGGCAGUUGAACCAUCUUCUGACACUCUUAUAGAACAAGUAGAUUCCUCUGAAUCUUUACCGUGGAAAGAAAGCAACAAUGCUCAAUCUUGUGGAUUAGUGAAAUUGCCUCUGCAGUUGGUAGAUGAAAAUAAUGUAUGUAUUGACCUAUCUGUAGGAGAAGACAAACCUGUCAAAAUUUCCUCAUUUUCAAAAUCUCUGUUAGUGUUUAUCAAUUGGUCAAAGGAACUCCUGGAGAAAUAUGACACAUCUUACUUGGAAAAUCUGCCUGAAGUUUGCAAGAAUGGACCUCCAACUAAGAAAGCUCGCACAGAACCUUUGUCCUUGUACAGCUGCCUUGAAGCUUUUCUGCUGGAAGAGCCUUUGGUCUCUGAACCAGAUAUGUGGAAAUGUCCCCAGUGUAAAGAGCGGCGACAAGCAAGCAAGAAGCUAGAUCUAUGGAGGCUUCCAAAAGUUUUAGUCAUUCAUCUAAAGCGGUUCUCUUAUAACAGGUCGAUCAAGCACAAAUUAGAUACAUUUGUCAACUUUCCUAUAUAUGAUCUUGACCUUACAAAGUAUAUAGCCAACAAGAACAAUUCUGAUCCUCAAUUGUAUGAACUGUAUGCUUUAAUAAACCACUAUGGAGGCAUGGGUAGCGGGCACUACACUUCAGACAUCAAGCUUCUAGAUGAGAACAGGUGGUACAGCUUUGAUGAUAACCAUAUAUCGGCCAUGGGCGAAGAAGAGGUGAAGACUAAUGCUGCUUAUGUGCUAUUUUACCGGAGGAAAAAAUAUGAUGAUUCUGAAAGCAAAUGUAUACCUUGAUGCACGAUUUAAACUUAUUACAUGAUUUAUUUAUUUUGUUGGGGGUUGGUGGAGGAGGUUCGACAGGGGUAUGGGUGAAGGUUUUGUGUAUAGGAUAUGAUGAACAGUAAUUUUGUAACUCUAGCAUAUGUAGAAUUACUUUGAUGGAGUGUUCAAUGCGUUACAUGUGGUUCAGAUUGCUUCA